AACAAAUAUGGCGUCGAAAAAGCCAGCAAACAAACCCAAUGACAUAGAGUUUGAUGACUUGGUAGUGAAUGUUUGUUAUCAUCCUAGUAAAGAUUUAAUUGCAAUAGGUUCAAUUAAUGGUGAUGUAGAUUUAUAUACAUACAAAAUAGAUGGAGAAAAUAAAUUGGAGAACACUUAUAAACAUCAUAAAAAAUCAUGUCGAGCAUUGAAAUUUAAUCCAUCAGGAAACUGUUUAAUUACAGCAUCAAAAGAUAAAUCUAUCAAAUGUUGUGAUCUAGAUACUGGACAACUUAAGAAUAAAAUCAAAGCUGCACAUGAAUCACCUAUCUAUUGUUUAUUAGUCUCAGAUGAAAAUAUUAUUGCUACAGGAGAUGAUGAUGGGAGAAUUAAGGUAUGGGAUUUAAGAAAAAGUAAAUCAAUUUGUGAGUUUAAAGAGAAUGAUGAGUAUAUCAGUGAUAUGGUUGUUGAUUCUAGUAAAAGAACAUUACUCUCUACCAGUGGAGAGGGUACUCUAACAGCUUUUGAUAUCAGGAAAAGAAGAAUGACUGUACAAUCUGAAGUCUUUGAUUCAGAAUUACAAUGUUUAGCCAUUGUUAAGGGCGAAAGAAAAGUAGUGUGUGGUUCAGGGGAUGGUGCUCUAAAUAUAUUUAACUGGAAUGAGUGGGGUUUAAAUAGUGAUCUGUUUCCUGGUCACACAGAUGCUGUGGAUUGUCUGGUACCUAUUAAUAGAAAUAUUGUCUGUACUGGUAGCAGUGAUGGAAUAAUAAGAGGUGUCAAUAUUUUACCAAAUAGUUUUAUGGGUAUAAUAGGGGAACAUGAUGGAUUUCCUAUUGAAGGUCUUAGCCUGAGUCAUGACAGAUGUUUAUUGGCUAGUUGUUCUCAUGAUCAAUGUGUUAAAUUUUGGAAUAUUGAAAAGUUGGAAAAGUUAAAGAUAAAUAAAAAACGAGUAACUAAAUAUAAAACAAAGAAGUUGUUUAGUAGAGACGAAAAUUUUUUUGCUGACAUUAACAAGGAUGUGACACAAGAAGAAGAAGAAGAAUGUGAGGAAGAUGAUGAAGAUGAUGAUUCAGACAGUGAUAGUGAUUAGUUUUAUGAUUAAUUAAGACAAUUAGAAUAUAUUUCGCAAUAUUAUCAUAAUUGAUCAUCUUCAUAAAAUAUUUCAGAUGCCAAAGAAAUACAAUGGAGACGUGUUCUUGAAUCUAUGUUGUAGAAUUAAUCUCAUGAAAAUGAAAAUCAAGGAUAUUGUGAUCUAUUUUUCACAGACUACAACUCAAGGCAACC